AUGUCCUUCCCAGUUCCCGUAGAAGGGCCCUCACUACGUAUCCUGGUCGCUCUCUUCCCAGGCUUCCAGCUUCUCGACGUCGCCGGCCCGCUCGAUAUGUUCAACAUCCUCUCAGGUCCGCCCUACAACGCGCCCUUGCGCAUGUCCUUCGCAGCCGAAACCCUCGACGCAGUCCCCACCAAACUUAUCAACACCCCCAACAGCACCCGCCACUUCGACGUCCACGGCGCCACGGGUCAAGCCGACGUCAACGCCUCCUUCAACCAGCGCUUCGCUGUCGACCUCACCUUCGCCGACGCCCUCGCCGACAGCCAAUCCUGGGACCUAAUCUUCAUCCCUGGCGGUAUCGGCAGUCGGGUCUUUUACGAAGGCACAGGCACUGCUGCCAAUGGCGGCGAGCCAACGCUGGCGGUGCAGCCCCUCCUGGACUUCAUCCGCCGCGUGACAUCCGCAGGCCGCGUGAGCCUCGGCUUCAUGACCGUCUGCACGGGCAGCGACAUCCUGGCGCGCACGGGCCUGCUGGACGGGCGCCGCGCCACCACCAACAUGCUGCGCUUCGAGGAUGUGAGCACGCGGAGUCCCCGUGUGAAGUGGUGUCGGGGCGCGAGGUGGGCGAAGAGUGAUGUUGAGGAUGGGAAGACCAGUGGGCGAGCGAAAGAGGAGGGCGGGGGGCUGGAGGUGUGGACGAGCGCCGGCGUGAGUGCGGGCAUGGAUCUGGCGUUGGCAUUUGUGGCGGAGAAGUUUGGGGGCGUCGAGGUUGCGAGGGAUGUGGCGAGGAGGUCGGAGUGUGAGUUUCUUGGAGUUUCCCCCUGUGUCGCUUUCUCAUUAUCUUCUCUUCUUUGUGCCUCUCUUUUCUCCGCUCUGCUUUUGCUCGGAUACUAUCGAGCUGUGGUUGUUGCUGACUGA